AGGACCAUCAGAAGCAGUACGGCUACCAGAACUACCACGACUGGCAGUUCAAUGGUUGGAAGAGCUUUCAAAACAAUGUCUACAGCACGGUCGACACCAAAGCCCAAGUCGACGCGUCCAAGCUGUGCCGCGAAGUAGCAAUCACAAAGAUGAUGGCUCAGCUUACCAUGGAGCCUACGGAGAGGAUCGCGACCUACAGGCGCCAGGUCGAGGAGCUGAACAAGAGAAACCAUAGCAUCGAGACCAGCAUCCACGAGCUCAGCAACGAUGAAAAAGGGCCUGGGAUUUCCAGCUACAGCGACAAGACCGACGAUGCCACCGACUACACCAGCAAGGGGCCGAACGCAAGGAUCCACCUCUUCACCGACGGCUCCAAGCACCCGAAAAAGCCGAACGAUGACGCCUUGGCCGUUAUCAUUGUAGGGGGCGACGACCUCGGCUUCGCGCUUCAAGGAGCAAUCGUUGGGAAGCGCAAUAGCAUCACCGACGACGCAGCGAAGGGCAAUCGCGACAGGGAAACCACCUCCACUACCGUCGAGAUCACCGCGCUCACAUGGGCUUUCGCUUGGGUCAUGCACCGCAACCUCGACGACGCCGUCACGAUCUCGAUCGACUCGUUGGGGGCCCUGCGGCUUGCGAAGAGCAUGGCCUUCACCGACCACGACCCCGACCUUGUCGGGGCGCUCAGCAUCCUCUACGACAUGGUCAGCCAGAAGAUGGACCUGCAGCACGUCCACGCACGCGAGCGCAGCCCCUGGAGAGAAGUCGCCGACGCGGCCGUUAACCGCGCUCGUAUCACCGCAGUUGCAGUUCCACAGCCAGGAUGGGUGAUCAUAAUGGACGGCAAGUACCAGCGAGAGGGCGAUGUCUCCCGCGCCAAUGCGAACAGCUACCACGUGAUCUCCAGCGGCCACGCGGGAUAUACUCACAGCUGCGGGCUCCACGUCUUCCUUAGCAAGCCCUACGGGAAGUGCGGCGAGGAAGAGCUCUUCUUCCAGCGCGACCAGUUCAUCAUUAUCGAGAACGAAGAGAAAUCCAGUUUUUGGAAGAGGUUCACCGAGGCGACCGAGAAGCCCCAUAUCGGAAUCGCUUUGAUAGACGCCAUCGCCAGAACAGGCGACAUCACCAGCACGGCGCUCGGUGACCAGGGCACGCAACAGAAAAAUUAUUCGAAUGGAAGACGUCUCCACGAGCUGCUCCUUUCCGACCACCUUGCGGCCGCUAGCGCAUUCGUCAGCGACGGCACCGAGCACCGCGCAUGGCACUCAGGCAAGAACCCCCGCCGCAUCGACUACGUCAUCAUUCCGAGGGGAUACUUGGGCUCGAUUGAAGCGUGCUCCGUCCUUUGCGGCGUCGACAACGGCUGCGGCCCCGACGCCAAGGGCGACCGCUACCCCGUCAAGUUGGAGCUCGCCCAUGAGAUCGAAUCUUCGGCUACAAAGGGAGCGCCGAAGCUCGGCGGGAUAACGAAGGCGGCUUACGAGAGCUUCCGCUCCCACGACCGUGCCCAACACAAGCCCUACAUCACGGAGCGCUCCUCCGUUCAUUGUUCAUUGUUCAAGACGACCCGCGUCGCGAAUAAGAACGGGCUCACUAACUACGUCGGCGAUAAGCUGCCCCGAUGCACCGCGAAGCUUCUCUCGCGCGACGCCAUGCUCCCUGACCUGGCGGACGCGAGGCUUUCGGCCAUUAUCAACGGCUGCACUAAAUUCAUCGCUGCUUCCGUCAUCUCUGGCUCCCCCUUCCUAUAUGACCAAGCAGACAGAGCAGCGCCGAGAGCGGAAGGAGCGACGUCCAGCAGCGUCGACAGCACUCAGCAUCACUAUGGCACCAUCGUGCAGUUCCUCAGAGCAACUAAGCCAAUGCUUAAGAAGUGGCUUGAAGAAGAUCGCGACGCCUUCCUCGAGGCCGCCGAAGAAUUGAGCGUUGCCUCCGACGACCGCGCCCCGCGACAAGGGGCCCUGUACGCCAGGCGCCCGCUGGCCUUUGGAGGGCGAAAGCCCGAGAAGCCGCCCGCGCCUAUCAUUCGCAGCACUGGCGACGGCAGGCCCCUCGCGACCAAGACUGAAAUCGCCGACUGCACCUACGAAUGCUACGGCAGGAUCGAGAUGGGCGAGUCUACGGGCACCGAAGGGUUAGCCGAAGACGACAACGCGAGAACCAGCGCUACCCGACCAGCACCGAAGAUCCAUAACAUCAUUCCGAAGCACCAGCUCACUAGCCACCUGGCCGAUGGCCAGGGAGCCGUUGAUCGGCAGAAAUCCUACCGCGGCAUCCUUCUCAACAACGCCAUCGGGCAGAUGCACGGCCGCUUUCUACGUUCGCGGGCCUUCCAUUCCGUAAUCAGGGAGUUCCGCAUGCGACUGCCGACACCAUCCGACGAACCCAACGACCUCAUCGAACGGAUCGACAUCCCAAGCUUCGUCCAUCCCUCGCGGAAGGACCGACUACAGCAACCUGCACACAACAACCAACACAUCGACGACGAGCUCCUCUGCCGCAUAAUCGCCGACCACUACACCUCCAACUGGAUGACGGCGAACAGCGCCAAGCACUACCAGCUACCACGGGCCGGCGCCCGGCCUUGCGCGCCGUGUUCCGACGUCGCCUUCAACGCGCACUUCGCCAUCAUGCCGAGAGCCAUCGACCAAGCAGCGACCGCCGACGUAAAUCGCAACCACCCGGCAGGUGGCCACGGAAUCGAGGCUGGAGAGAACCAAUUAUUCUCGGCGGCGCCCCACGCGGGCAGCGUGCUCAGGAACGCGUCCUUCGUCGACGACCUCGCGGACUACAACUCGACCCCCAGCGCUAGCGACCUGAUCCAGACAACGCGACUUUCAGCCACCAGACUGUGCGCACCAGCACACCAGCACGGACUUCAGCCGCACCCAGACAAGACGAAAGCCAUCGUCACGCAUUAUGGCAGCGGGGCCAGAAGGGAGCGCCAGAAGAUCGCCAAUGACAAGGUCACCUUCAUCGAGCUCGAAGGCCUCCCCAUCAAGGUGCAGCUCGUGACCCAGCAGAAAGCCUUCGGGACCAUCAUCGUGGUGGGCGGGGCCAUGGGCCCCGAUGUCUACCUCAGAGGCCUGCAGGACAGCGACAUCGUCAACUGGGCCCGCCAGAAGCCCAAGCGCUUCAUCAUCGCGAUGCGCGACCAGGCCCAGCUGGAGAGAUUCCAGAAGGAUGCCCAGAUGCCCGCGACCUUCUCGAGCACCGCAGGGACCGACCAGACCGACGGCAUCGACGAGAUCGAGAUACCAGCCUACAAGAUCGAGAUCACGCCGCUCCCAAUCUUGGAGACGCCGCCCAUAUUCCCUAAGAUCUGCGCCGCCAUCCAUCCGACGAAGCACCAACCCACAGCCCCGAAGACACCCGAGCCAGCCGAGCGACAGGACGGCGUCUUCAUCGCCGGCCGCCAUCGACAACCAGGUGACCUCCAACAGCCAAUGCGCGACAGGAUCCUGAGGGGUGGGAUCGCAGGAAUAUAUGCCGAGAUGCCGAGAAGGACCUGGUACCACUUCGACCAUGCCAACGACCUUGCCAACCGUGCCAAUACCCGCCGCUCGAAGGUAACGCCAUGGGGACCAGCCGACGCCACGGAAAAGGUAGAGCUCUAUUCAGCCAGUUCCGUCGCGAGAGAAGCCCUCAUCAUCGCGCACGCUGCCGACGAAGCGAAGGUUCCUUUCCUUGCCAUACACGCCGCGGACCCUAUCUUCUGGAUGCUCCCCGGGAGCCACUACACCAUCAAGCGCGCGGCAGCGACGUUCAGCACGGCCAGAAACUACGAGCUUGGCACCGAAACUCAGAUGAAGGAGACAACCGCCGAGGACUUCGACCUCGCCGCAGCUGCUCAGCUCGACGAGAUGAUCAUAGCAAGAUGGGGCUUCAGGGUGGCCAGCGCAGCGCCAACCAGCGACAUGCACACCAGCUACGAUGGGUACCUCAACCACGUACUGAACGAGGACGUCGUCAGCGGCGACGACAUCAGCGGCGACCGCAGCGAGGACCACCAAAGCUGCAGCCACCACAGGCACGAUUGCGAGACGCUAUGCCGUGAAGCGGGUCGGAGUACGCAAGUGGAUAUCGCGGACGCCACGGAGCAAGGUCUAUAA